AUGUCGCUGUAUGUUCGCCAGAAGCAACGUGGUCAACCAGGGCCGUACCGGAACCAUGCCCGCGCAGCAGAAGCAGAGGGCUUUGGUCCCGGAGAGUUUUCGCCCACUGCGUUGAGGUUCUGCUGGUUUGUUUUCCUGACUCUGCACGGAUUCUGCGGUGUUUACUUCGCUUGCACGGCAUUUGGGUACUGGGUGUUGCCAGGCACCACGUUUGGCCGGUGGCUCUACUUCUACAACCUCGGACUGGACCCUGAGCACGACGGAACCAUCGCCAUUGUGCACGGUUGCAUUGCUCUGGUUCACGGUGGGUAUCUGCUGUGGAUGUUGGGGUGGUCCAUCCAAAGGAGAAGCCUCGUUUUCGCUGUCUACAACCUCUUCGGCACUCCUCCAUCGUCGAAAUUCGGGACUGAAGAGCGACUCACUCACAGGAUGUGGAAUUCCUAUCGCUCUUUUCUCCUAAAACUGGGACUGUACGGAGUUGAUGGUCCGUACUAUGAUCUGGUUUUAUUCUGUCGAGAAGUACUGGAGACCUCGCUACAGACAAGUCAAGCGUAUCGAAUGAGUCUCCUUAUUCCACGUAGCGAGCUGAAUAGGGGCUACAUUGGGCUACUGGUUCUAAACUGCUGGUCGACGACUGUCGUGCACGCAGUUUUCCACGGCAGCUACACUAAAAGACGCUUUUACGCAAUAGCGAGUGACUGUAUACUGGAUUUAGUGACGUCGGUGGGCAUCUCCGUAGCCUUUCUCGCCUUAUAUGCGGCAGAAUUUGAUAUGACCAUCGGUGAUUUCCCUGUCUACAAGUGGUAUGAGGACGUCUGGGUGAUGCACGUGAUCAGUGAGUUCCAAAUACUUCUGGUGACCUCGUGGGGCGAUUUAGCGAUGCGAGUGGUGUUUGCGCUGAGCAUGAUCCUGAACAUGAACAAUAUGAAGAAGCUGCUGAGUACGACAAUUCAGACCUCCCCAGCUGCGUCAUCCGAAUCGAGACGUGCCAGCGCAAACCGUCGACUGUCAGUUGUGCAUCCCCUCCACCCAAGUGUACGGGACUUACACGGCUCCAGCAAGCCAAGCAAACUACGAACUGUGCUACGAUUAGAGUCGCGACUGACGCAGACCCUCUUCCUCGCGUGGGGGAUAGUCAUCCUGUGUCUUCACCUGUAUGCUGAGUCAAUAGCAGGGCCCCAUCAAUGCAGAAUGCAAGUCAAGCCGUGGUUCAUCUCCGAGCCUGCGUGUUCCCUCAUGAUACUCGACUGCUAUGAUUCCAAUCUAACCGGCAUCGAAAGUGAGGUUACUGCUCAGUGGAGCUCUUUUGACCCUACCAGCACGUCUGGAGUUGUGAUUCAACACUGUACUGGCUUCGAGAUGCCCGACAUCGUCCGCGAGUUUUCAAAUCUAAAACUGCUCAAGUUCUACAACUCCACCAUCGUGCGAUGGACUGACAGCGCCGCCGUCACGGAGACCCACCACCCUAAUCUAAUCAUGCUCUUCCUCGUACGAGUGACUCUACCCGAUGGUCAACUGCCUGCUGGGAUGGCGGGCGACGACUUCCCCCAUGGACUGGCCGACAUUGAAAUUUGCCACACAAAUCUACGCUCUUUGCCGGAAGAUUUGGAUACCAAGUGGCCGCAGCUUUCGAGCAUUUACAUUGAAGCCUGCGAGUUCACCGAAGUCCCCCCUUCGCUAGCUAGACUGGCUCCGUACGACUUGUCGCUGGCGAUGAAUCCCAUCACGAGCAUUCCCGCUCAGUUGCUGGAGGGAGAGCUGGUGUUCCUUCACAUUGGCGCCACCCCAAUCUCCGAACUGCCUGAGAACUUGACCGACGUCUCGCCGCUGCAGCAAAUUCGCGUUGACAACACACAAGUGUCGUUCUUCUGGGACUGGAUCGACCCCGUUGUCAAGAGUGCUGGGGCUGUGCUGUCGGACGUGCCAACUACCGUUGUAGCGUCAAACACGCCGUAUUGCGCGGCCUUGCAGCGGAUAUUUGAUGGAGAGCAGACUUCGUUCGAAGCUCAGCAGCACUAUGACCAAUCACGGUAUCUAUCCGACGCCUCGGCAGAGAACUGGGCCACGUUGAGGCAAGCCGUCUCGUGCGAUGAGUGGCCCACCAUUUUGUAUCCGAUCGCGUCAGAAGACAAAAACAGCGGCGUCAAGACUGUAUAG